AUGGACCAAAGAGUCAAACAGUUAGAAAACACUUCUCAUCAAGGCAAUGAGGAAGGAACCUCAUUACAGAACCCUUCUGAUGAAGAAGCAGAUGAAAUAGUUAACCCUACAGCUGAUAUGGUACAGGAACCAUCCAAUUCAGGCGCUGACCUCAACUGCAUUCAAGAAGGAAUCAUUCCCUCUGAAUACUUCCAGAAAACCAAAGAAAGGUUAACUUCUACAAGUGGAGAUAGGGUCAUCCUAGGAAACCCUUUCAUGUGUUUGUUAUACCCAUUCAUCACGAAUAGUGAAGGAAUCACUACCCAUCCGUUUGCCCAACCAGUCAAGUUUAAGUUUCUCAGAAGCCCAGAACCUAGAGAGAUUAGCAGUCUCCAAGAAGUUUCUGUCUCCAAGACCUUUAACCUUAUUAGUGCCAAAACCCAACACCUUAAGUACCUUAGUAAUGAACUAUGUUACAAAAGGAUUGAUGAGCAAUUAGCUUGCAAAAGCUACAAAGACGAGAUCAGAAAGUUUGAAGAAAAACUUAAGCAGGAAGUUUGCUCUGAUCUUCCCAUAGCAUUUUGGCAUAGAAAGAGACAUGAAGUAGCCCUCCCAUAUGUCAAAGAUUUCCAUGAAAAGAACACCCCCACCAAAGCUCAACCUAUCCAAAUGAGUCAAAAACUUAUGGAUACUUGCAAAGUAGAAAUAGAGGAUCUUCUUAGAAAGGGAAUCAUCAGGAAUUCUAGGUCACCAUGGUCUUGUCCAGCCUUUUAUGUUCAGAAAAACGCUGAGAUUGAGAGAGGUGUCCCUAGACUUGUUAUCAAUUAUAAGCCCUUUAACAAAGUCUUAGAAUGGAUUAGGUACCCUAUUCCCAACAAAAGAGACUUAGUUAACAGGCUUAGCAAAGCAGUGGUCUUUAGUAAGUUUGACAUGAAGAAUGGUUUUUGGCAGAUACAAAUCAGAGAGUCUGAUAGGUACAAGACAGCCUUUACCACACCCUUUGGCCAUUACGAAUGGAAUGUAAUGCCCUUUGUUCUUAUGAAUGCACCUUCUGAAUUCCAAAACAUCAUGAAUGAGAUUUUUAAUCCAUUCUCCAGUCAUGCCAUUGUGUACAAUGAUGAUGUACUCAUUUUCUCAGAAUCCCUGACUCAACAUUGGAAGCAUCUUAGAACAUUCUUCCAUACCAUCAAACUCAAUGGUCUUGUUGUUUCAGCCUCCAAAGAUUAA